CGGAGCAGACGAAGCUUGAGUGUUAGUAGUGCUCACUGUCACGAAGGAAUAAGAGGAUCCAACUGCCCCAGCGGCGGACUAAAUUACACCUCCAUUUCCUUCAGAUCAGUCACGGUCGGCACAGAUCGAAAUGCCUAAAAAAUGUUCACCGAUCUUUCGUUCGUGAGUCUAGUCGACUAGUUACGGGCGAGCCACAUUUGCCGUGUUGAACGCGGAAUGUUGAUUACUGCUUGCAGCCUGCGAUUUUCAAAACGCCUGGAUACGCAUCCCUUAGUGCGCCUAAGAGUCCGUUACCUGCCGAGCACAAAGUGAUAUCCGUGUGAUACAUAGUGAGAGUCCGUGUGAUAGCGACGAAGGCCUCGUUUGCCUGGUUUGCCUGAACUUUCAAGUCCAAGUGACAUUUUAAAUUUCUUCAGCCAUGGCUGUACCAUCUGACGUGGAAGAACUAAUGAGUUUGGGCAAAGAGGAGGCAUCUCGCUUUCUGGCAGAUGAGUGCCAUGAAGGAAAUACGGCGAGACUGUUCGCUGUUAUUGAUGUAGUGCUGACGUUUAAAAGACCCUUCGGCGAUACGAUCGCGUGGUGCAGAAGUCUCGUGUGUUGUGGCGACGAUGUAGAAAACUUCAAAAAACAACUUAAAGAAUUCGACGACGGCAAAAUUUGCGGCCUAGUCUGGACAGCGGACUACGUCGCCUUCAGAUGCAGAACGUGCAGCAUCUCACCGUGCAUGAGUCUUUGCGAACCCUGCUUCCGAUUGGGCGACCACACAAACCACGACUGGAAUUUUUUCUUCAGUCAGGCCGGCGGAGCAUGCGAUUGCGGUGAUGUUUACGUGAUGAAAGAGUCGGGCUUCUGCAAGGACCAUGGACAUCAUGCAGGGGAUAAAAACGGUACAAAGUCAGUGCCAAAAAAAUUGAUCUGCGUUGCCGAGGCAAUAAUGCCAAAACUCAUCCUGUGGCUCAUUCAGCUACUCCGGCUACACAACAACACACCUGACGCCAAGCCCGCUAUAGACAAGUUCAUUGAAUUUCUGCAUGAGUUGAGCAGUAUGGGAUCUGUGAUGCGACGAGUGAUGGCUGCCGCACUUAUCGACCAGGCAGUCUACAAGCACCUGGUCGAUCCUGACAGAGAAGACAACGAAUUGCUCCGACAGAGUCACCAAGGCUACCUGGAAGCCGUCCACUCGCUUCCCUUCCCUGAAGUACCUCCCAGAUUUCAAGCAAUGAGGCAGAAGCUCGAACGUAAGGUGCACUUGACGUUCCUUGAGGAACUCAACUUCUGGAUCGUGAAGAUGGAAUUCCCACAGAGAAUAGUGUGUCUGCUUCUCAAUCUAUUUACAGACGCGGUGUUCAAGGAGGCGAUGACAGAGGCGUUCAUAAUUCAUUAUAGUCGAAUUGCUGUGAUUCUUGCGCGAAGCGCCGAACCCGACCCUCUCUCCAACAGGGUCGUUCACGUCAGUGUGCAGGUCUUCUCCAACGAAAAUUUCGCCAAGAAAAUGACCAAGGAGUACCACUUGCUGCACGUCAUGAUUAUUGGUCUUAGACACAUGCUGGGAGACCUCCACAUCGACAGCGCCAUCAACUACCGAGAGGGAAAACAAAACCCACAUAAAGUGAUUGAUUGCGAAACGCGGGUGAUGAAGGACCACUGCUACUGGCCGCUUGUGUCCGAUUUGAACAACGUCCUCUCUCACAAGGACGUUGCGUUCACAUUCUUGGAGGAUCCAAAUCUUUUGAGUGAGUGGCUGGACCUUCUCUCCUUGAUGCAAGGAAUGAACUUGAACAAGCGAGAGAUGGAAAGACACGUUGAGUUUGAGCCAAGCACGUAUUACGCAGCCUUCUCUGCCGAGCUCGAGGCCAGUGCCUACCCAAUGUGGUCGUUGGUGUCGCACCUCACCGACGCAGGAGAUAUCGACCUGACAAAAAGAGUGCUCAGGAGCUGUCUGGACGCCUUGGAGAGGUGGUUCGCAGCAAUAGGACUCACUGUCGACUCCGAAAUCGACAGCCUGCAAAUGUCGUUCCACUGGCCCCUGCACCGAUUCUACGCCGCGUUUUUAUGCCAGGCAUUGAAGCAGGGGGCACAACUCCACGAAAUCAUGCCUUCAAGUGAUACCCUGAAGCUCAUCAUGACGCACCCGCUCCGCACCCAGGUCGCUUACUACGAAAUAGUGAACAACCUCUGGGUGCGAAACGGAUUGCAGAUCAAGGGCCAAGCCAUGACAUACGCCCAGUGCAACUUCUGCAAUUCUAUGGUGGACGCAGACAUAUUUUUGCUGCAAGUUUGCGCCUCCCAGCUCGAUCCCUCGACUGUUCUGGAGAUAUUUCUCAAAAACUUCCGUGUGCACGAGUGGCUUAGUCUGUCGCCGAAAAAGGAGAACGACAUCUUCACACAAAGCGACGAACACCGAGUGAUGAUGGAGGGCUUCUUCACCUUCCUCGGCAUCGUGUUUUGCACUCGGGCAUCACUGCGUCCGUCCGACGACGAGUCGUCGCAGCGAGAGUUGGUCACUCUGCUCUGCAUGGGCGAUAAAACGCACAGCCAGCUGAUGGACCUGAUGCCAGAACGCUGCAUCUCCAAUACUUGCAAGGACUUGGAGAGCGAAAUUGUCCUGAUUGCGGAGUAUAAAGAGCCAGUCGCGGAUCCGAGUGGAGCCUUACAGCACGGAAUUUUCACCCCAAAGGCAUUUGUGUGGGAAGACAAAUUCGACCCCCUGCACAUCGCCCUCAGAGCCAUCCAGAAAAAAGAUGUCCAGACUGCUAUGGACAAUUUUACUAAAUAUACGGAGCAGACUUAUAAAAUUAAAAAUCCGUGGCCGCCGUACCGUCUGCCGCAAGCAUUUCCUGAACUUUUCCUUGACCCGCGCGUACUCGUGGGGAGUAAAACAAUGCACGCCACCCUCUUCGCAUCGAUGUUCCACGCUCUUAAAUCGGAAAAUAUUCCAGAACAUAUACUUUCUCUAGUUAUUUUUAUUUUGGAAAUGGCUGUCGAACAUGCGAUGGCGCAAAAAUCCGGUAACGAGAUUUGUCAGCAAUUUACUCAGCCGUCGGGGGUAGUCUUCGACCUCGACGUAAAGAACUGGUUCCAAACUGAUAAUCUUUCAGCCAACUUAAAAACAUAUAUCGAAUACGUUGUAAUACCUGAGGUAGUCCCACCAGGCAUAGUGAGUGUCGUUAGCGAUUGCCGCGACACCGAAAUGCUCGCCCUCGACAAUGCUCCUGAAUGCCACAUGGCCGUCGUUCCUGCUGGCUAUUCGCACUUCGGGGCCGGGGCUGGAGACGAGCUUGUUCCAGUGACGGCAAUGAAGGUGUUCAAUCCACCUGAGCCUACUUCCAAGAUGAGAGCGCUGGUGGCAGCUGAGUCCAGCCAGAACAUGAUUGUUGAUGUUGCUUCUUCUUCUUCUUCCUCUUCUUCUUCGGAAGAAGAAGCUAGAGCACUGCCUCCAAAAGAAAAGUUCAAGUCGGUGCGUGUGGGCGAAAACAUGCUGACGAUACUGCUGAAGCUUCUAUCACGCGCUAGCGGCAAGAGCGACUCUUUCAACCCAGACGACUGCAAACCUCAAUCAAGGGGGCCGGACGAAAAGCCGCACCCGGCCAGCGACAGCCGCGUCGGUGACAUGGCCUUUCACAUCGAGAAAGUGCUGCACAAGAUUUGCAAGCUGGACCCCUCGUGCCGGGACUUCAUCCUGCAGAUGAAGCGCAAGUUGUGGCCUGAAGAGGCGAGGCAGAAAGCCACCGAGGAAGAACAUAGGAAAGAACGCGCAAUUUUAGCCCAAAAGCGUCGCUCAAAGAUGUUGGAAGAAUUGGCCAAAAGUUCUCAAAAGUUUAAGCAAAUAGUAGAAGAAUCGGCCCCAACAGAAGAAGACAUGGAGUUAGAUCAGCAGACAUCAAGCGCGAAUCUGUACAUUUGCACGAUUUGCUCAAAAACAAGUGCAAGCACAGAAGAGGAGCCGAUGGGCCUAGUUGCUUUAGUGCAAACCACCAUAGCUCUGGGAUUCAGUAAGAAUUGCAACGCUAAGCAGGACAGCCUGCCUUUGUGCGAAGAAGAAUGCGCCGCCCUACAAAAAUCCUUGGGGAACAACUUGAUGAAGGACUUCGGCAACCGCUUUGAACAGCUUAAAUCGAUCUUUGGUUCCGAAUGCGAAUUGACCAUGGACUUGAGAGGCAAGGGCGGUGUGCACGUGCUGACUUGCGGCCACCACAUCCACGUUAAAUGCCUCAGGGAAUACCUCGACUCGUUAAAGGCGUCCACUAACAAGCCUACCAAUUUAAAUAUAGAGAAAGGCGAGUUCGCGUGUCCAUUGUGCCGUCAGCUGUGCAACACAGUUGUGCCAUUGGCAGUGGAGUCUGAUGAGAACUAUCUGAAAGAUUCGCUCAGGGUGUCGAAGUCUGUCGAAAUCUCGAUGUAUUUGCAGGACAUUCCGCCCGUGCCGGAGAGGAAAAGCGCGAUGGACGAUGCCAUGCAGCGCGCAAUGCAUGACGUGAUAAACUGCUCGAGUGAAACCUGGAACUUAGCGAAACUGGACGAGCCGUCGCUCUUGGCUUUGACAAAUUCGGCGCUGCGCACCAAUCUCGAAAUCCAAGUUGCUCAGCGAGGCGACACCCUGCGCAUGCCUGACGAAUCCGACAGUGCCGCUGAGGCGAGGAGAGCUUGCUUUGUUCCAUUCAUGCAGGUGCUAUCACAUUGCACGAAAACCGUGGCAACCAGUCCUGUGUGGCCUGUUUGGCACAGAGUGGCCGGUCUGGAUCCCAUGGUCGGACACUUGCAUAAUGGAGUUCCUAUCCUGCUGAGAAACCCAACUGCCCUUCUGGUGCAGUUUCUUCUGCUGCUUCCCCCGCGUCUUGAGCAAUCACACUUCACUUGCAUCAUCAGGGCGUUGUACAACCUGCAGUACUUCGAGUGCCUGUUGCAACUGUUGUGCUCGCUGUCCAUGGAGGAGAUAUCGAGCUUCAAUUUUAAUAUGGCUGGGUGGUCGUCGGACUUGACGACCCUCUAUGGUUGCGCAUCGCUGCUGAUGUUCCAUUUCCCCCCAGACUGCGGCCUGUUGAACAACACGGCGAAGCGCUUCUCUGACAAAAUCUCGCAUCUCUCAGACUUGGAGGCAGAGGUGCAGAAGCUUUGCCUGCCCUUCCUGCGCGUAGCCGCCCUGCUGCGCCACGACCUCUACAGACAGCCCAUUCCGGAGAUUCCCCCUGGAACUGGCGGCUUCGUCCAACUCGUCCAUUUCCUCGAACUCUGCACGAACAGCAUGAAUCUCGACACGUUCAACGCAGCCACUGCUCUCAAUUGGGAGCAUCAUGUUAAUCCCCCCGUCCGUGUCAUGGAAUGGCUCCAUGAGUUGUUGACUCUGGUGUUCGAGGGCAAGUCUGAGAUGCGCGACCUGGUGCACCAACACAAGCUGUGGAACCCUCCGCGCCUGCUGCAGAUGCCGAUUACAUACGACCCAGUGUUUCAAUUCUAUCACAAGAGGGAGUGCACUACGUGCGGUACGGUGCCACACGAGUUGAGUCUCUGCCUUUUCUGCGCCAAGACCAUCUGUCUGAAAGGACCCUGCUGCAAAAAAACUAAAUUCGAAACCGUCGAGCAUUCGUUUACAUGCGGCGGUGGUACCGGCAUCUUCCUAGUCGUUCCCUCUUCCUACAUCAUCGUCGUCCGAGGGAGCCGUGCGUGCCUCUGGGGCUCGGUUUACCUAGACACCUACGGAGAGGAGGAUCGCGAUCUGAAGAGAGGGAGACCCUUAUACUUGAGUGAAGCGCGGAUGAACCUCCUGGAACAGCAGUGGUUGAUGCACAAGUUUGACCACAUUAACAAGAAGUGGGUGUAUCAUCGAGAUUCGCUAUGAAGACUCAGGUUUACGAGUGGCUGGCAAUCAAUUCUCACCAACCUCUCCUCCCCCUAUGCGACUGAUUACACGAUAAGAUGCAAAUCAGACAUUAACUCUACGUCGCUCUUGCUCAACUCUUUUAACCACAGAAUUAAUGAAGAAAAUAAAUAUUUGAAAAAUGCGACCACUCGAGAUUGUUUUCAUGUUGAAUAUAAAGAAAACCAGGCUUCAUCCUCGCUGUCAAAAAAAAGGAAUAAUGACAAUGAAUUUCUCUUUUUUGACAACGAGGAUGAAGCCUGGUCAUUAUAUUCAACAAGAAAAUAAAUGUUGUAAAAAUAGUGUACGAUUCUCCCAAUAGAGUGACGUGUUUCCGGAACUCUUCGACUGUAUAGUGCGGGUUGCCAACAGACGCUAUAGUUUAGCCCAGUCCAGUGAUUAGUGCAGAGGCAAACCGCGACAGAGUCCGUCACUUAUACUGUAUAUAACUUUAAAUUCGUCCUGGUCCCGGCAUAAUUGUGCAACGUUCAACAAACACCCAAAUUUUCACUGACGAAUUGAUCGCUCACCUUUUCUUACAAGGAAAAUCACGUUUGGUUGUUGAAAGUUGCGCAAUUUUACCAGGACGAAUUGUAAGAACUGACCUGUCGGAAUCUUCUAAUUGCGCAGCGACAAACGUACAACCUGAAAUGUGAAAGUACGAUUUCUUUGUACGUAAUACCAGAUCUAGUUUUUGUCACCAGCUAAAAUAGGUUUAGUUAGUAUUAUUUUGUCAAAACGCUUACAACAGAUGACGCAACAUAAUGCUAACUGAGGAAAUUGAUCCUUUCGGUGUGCGUUCUUUCUCUGUUAAUCAUAUUAAUUUCUCAUCAUUGUGCUUUGUGAUUCUUCUGAAGGUAAAUUGAAUUCAUCGCUAUUUGACAGGCUAUUUUGAUAGGCUCUUAUUAGCAGGGUUCGCAAAAACCCGCAUUUUUCCGGAAAAAACCACUGCAUUGCAAAAAACUGUUUUUUGCGGGUUUUUCUGCAAUUUUGCGCAUUUUUCUAAAACUCAUGCAUUCUUAUGGGAAAUAAAAAAUUCUCAUGAUCCGGAUGACCAAAAGUAGGAUUUUUCAAAAUCCCCAAAAUCAGUAUUAGAUUCCUUCAAGAGACAGAAAAUUUUAACUCUACACGUAAUUUUAUGAAAUUUCAUACUGAUUUGGAGCAAAAAUUGACUAUUUUUGGGAUAAAUUCGGAAAAAUCCAGCCGUUUUUUUGCGCAUUGCAAAAUUGGCGAACCCUGCUUAUUAGUCGUCAGAUAUAUAUUUAUUCCUGCAAACGCAUAGUACUCAACGUUUUCAAAGCAGUAUUUGAAAAUUCCCAAUAUGUAUGGAAAAGUCACAGUUUUCGCCGCCGAGUUACAGUUUUCGCAACCCCUACUUUAACGUGGGAUUGUCAUUAUCACUGGCGAGAUGUGUAACCCGGCAGAAACUGUAACUUUACCAUAUUUUUUUUUGCUCUUUUUAUCCCUGUCCUCGGACCGGGAAGUGCGCGCACUGCACUGGCACGAAUGCUGAAUUCCGGGUCCCAAUAACACCGCGAACGGAUUGAAUGGGCGCACCAGGCCGCACAGGGACCCAGCCCACUCAAGGGCCUCUUGCCUCCGCACCGAGGACUUUUUUGAAACGCUAGACAUUUGUCCCCUGACGCUAAAUCACGCAUGCUGGAAAGGUGCAAACCAGCCCGUGGAGCAAUUUGAGCAUUUCGAGUCACUAAACUAACCACUUUUUACCUUUUCUGACAUUGGGCAGCCAGUAUUAGAUCUCCGAACUGCUCAAAUACCUCCCCCAUGGCUUUGACACUCCUGAGAGUGCCGCUGAACAAUGCGAGCCAACGGGCUGGUUUUAAAAAUGCACAGUCGGUACUUUCGUUAAACUUUAUAAAUUAAAUGUGUAAAGACAAGCCAGACUGCUCUGACUAUUAUUCUAUUUUUAGUCACAUUCGUGGACUUUGUACCGUGCUUGUUAACCAAAAGUCCCGCUCUUGCUCAUUGUUGAAAUUAAUUUAAUCGUUGAUUGGGCAGUCAAUUAAUAAUUUGUAUUCGUCGCGACUGUGAUUGUACAGAAAAAAUGUAUCCUUCGAUUAAAAUCAUGUUGAGAACAUGACGAAGUGUGUGUAGCCAGUUGCCAGCAUCCCCAACCAAAAGGGUAGAUUUUCCAUUUUUUCGCUGAUGAACAACUUUAGCAAAAAUUGAAAUCCCUUUUGUUGGGGAUACUGGCAAUGGGCGCUGCCGCAGCCGCAGCAUGUCAAUCAAAGGUAAAUUGUAUGGCCAAAAUUUCCACCCCGCUGUGAAGAAAACCCACUAUUUAUUGCACGUAAACUUGCACUUGAAUUUCGUUUGAAUUUCGUUGCUCAUCUAUAUCUACAUUAAUUUAUCGUUUGAACUCGCUGCUGAGUUUUGAAAACACUACUUGAGCGGCUAACAUGUGGCCCGAGUGGCUGCAGAGAAACUGUGGCCUUUUUAUGAACAUAAAAAUUUAACGGCCCCUGUACAUACCAGCCCGUUGAGCUAGUUGAGCAUUUCGAGACACCCCAACUCCCCUGCUUUAUAACACAUCUGGGAAUGUCUUAACAAUGCGAGCCAGCGGGAUAAUUUUUGUUGCGAAAUUGCGUUAACGCAUCUUUGGCUUAAAUAUUCGUAGGUUACUUUAGAAUUUUGGCGAGAAUAUUUUGAAAUGCUGGAUAAUUUUUAGAGAGAGAAAGAAAAUGAAAGAUGAAAUUUCAGAAUGGAUUUUUUCUCUCAAAUUUCAUGUAUACACCCAAUGCUUACACAUAUUUAUGGUACUGAAAAUAUUUUUCAGCAAAGGAGAUUAUUGUUAAUCGCACAUUUAAAAUAUAAUUUUGUAUAUAUACUUGGUUAAAAACAAUUUCAUGUUUUAACGUAAUUGAUGUAGUAGUGGCGAUUACCAGUGAGGUCCAACAAAGGGUUGAAUUAUGAUUGGGAUAAUUUUACUGUUGUUGGAGGUAUUCACCGCUACCACAGCAAUCUAAAUGCGCUGUGACUCUGCACCAGUUUUUAGGCGAGUGAUCUCUCAAAAACAGGUAGCACCAAACUUCAUAAUUUAUUUCCAAAAAAAUGAAAGCGCAGUAAGUAAAUUUCAGUGGGUUUCACAAAAUUAAAAAGAGAAAUUCGUCCUGGUCCCGGUAAAAUUGCGCAACGCUCAACAAACAGCCAAAUUUUCAUUGCCGAAUUGAUUUUUGACCUUUUCUUGCAACAAGGAAAUUCUCGUUUGGUUGUUGAAAGUUGCGCAAUUUUACCGGGACCAGGACGAAUUCAUGAAAUCUUUAUAGUUUUUGGUUUUUUGCACCGCUAAAUCUUAAGUUCUGAAUGUCAGAAUUUUGAAAACUAAACCCACCGUUGGACUUGUCACAACUUCCCUUUUUAUAAUAUUAUUAUUUAGUUUUAAUGGGGUUGAAAGGGGCACCCCUAAACACUCUUGCUGGAUAGGGGAGGUCGAGACGAGUCCAACGGAGGUUAGUUCUUGCAAUUUUGAUUUUUAGAUCUCGAGUUUUGGAGGUUGAAAAGUUCAAAAUUAUAAAAAAUUUCAUGUUUUUUUUUAAUUUUGGAAGAGGAAUUUCUCUAAACCAAAAUUAACACUGCGGGUCUGCAGCACAUAACCAAAACUUAAUUUUCCAACUUGGAAGUUGCCGAGAUGAUUCCGUUAAAGUGCUAGAAAAACGCGCUUUGAUGACUGUUUUUGAGACUCAUUUCGUCAUUUAACUGGUCGCCAUAAAAUAAGGCAAAAAGUAAACAUCAGAAACUGACCACACUACUAACACUAGUUGUUACGAUUAUAUGUACACAUAUUGUAUUAAUUAACCUUAGAUUGUAAUUAAUGCAACGUUUUUUACGGCAUAUUUAAUAUGAUAAUUCUAGUUUGCAUAAGAAACUGAUUUCAAUUAUUCGACGGUGGUAAUGCCGCGCAAUCGUCUCAUUUUAAAGAGGAUUGAUACUGCAAAAUCCGGGAAAAUGCUUGUUGCCAAUGCAACUCUUCCCUUAGGAUUCAGUUGAAGCCUAAAUUGACCCUAGAAGAACUGAAAUAUUUUGAGAAAAUUGGCUGGAAAGUUAGCGUGCUUUUCAAAUGGCAAUGGCUGUCUCCUUACUUGAAAUCCGAUUUGAUUUCAAAACCAAGAGUUUCCCCAAUAAGUGGCAUACACAGUUGGACAGAUCGCGACGAGGGGAAUCGGAAUAGGACAGGAAAAUGUUUUCAAGCGCUGUAAAUUUUGGAGAUAAUAGGCAAUAAUUUAUGAAUUGGUUUUGUAAGGUUCUUUUUUAUUAUUGUAAAAUAAUGUAAAAAUAAUAUUCAAUUGUUGCCCUGUAUCAUAUUACUUUAAUCGAAAAAUAUUUUGUAACCACGAAUAGUACGAAUAAACGUAUUGUUAGGUACAAUGGAAAUAACUUAAA